ACGUUCUUUUAUUCUUUAAAGGCUUAGCUUCAACAACGACUCCGUUACUUUUGCAAGAAAUUUAUCACUUCGUCAAUUUGAUCAGCCGAAUAAUAUCUCAUCGAGAACAAGCGAAUUUAGCCACUACAGGCUUAAAAAUCGUCAAGUGACUGGAUAAUUGCCACAUCAAAAGAGACCAUGACUUCAACUAUGUUCAACUUCGCGUUCAUAUGUUCGAUCGUGGCGGCUUUUUUUGCAGAAGUGGGUUGUGAAUGUUCCACUGCAAAUGUAUGUGUCCCUGGGCCCGUGAAUGCAGCCCGGUUGGUGAAACACACUGUAAAAGCUACAAGUACGUGCGGAAAUCCACCGGCCUUUUACUGCCAUUUUGAACCCUUGAACGGACCUUGCGACUUGUGCAACGGUAGUGAUCACUCGGUGGACAAGAUGACCGACGGUAACUUAGACACGAGCUGGCAAUCUGUAACUUGGUGGGAAUGGUACAAGAAUAACAACUACACAAACAAACCAUUCGUGGUAGACGUUACUCUUUCCUUUAACAAGAGUUAUGCCAUAACAGGAGAAAUUCGUAUCACUUUUAACUCUCCUCGACCGUUUAAAAUGAUUCUGGAGAAGAGUGUGGAUAAAGGAUCGACAUGGACGCCUUUGCAAUACUACGCAGACGACUGCCAAGAGAAAUUUAAUUUAUCUAACACGCCCGUCGAAAGCAUAACACUGGGUAACUUUGGUCUUCAUUGUGUGCAAGACUACAGUUCUGCGACGCCUCAAAAAGGCGGCCAGGUGGUGUUUGACUUUUUGAAGCGAUACGAGAAAGCUGACUUCUGGAACGGAACACUGCAAGAAUACUUCACGAUCACGGAUCUUCGGUUGCGAUUGUUGUAUCCCGGUACAGAUCGACUGGAGAAUGUUGAUAAUGUAGUGGAAGACAUCUUUAAUCAAUACUUUUAUUCAAUCGCGGACAUUAGAGUAAAUGCCCGAUGUCAGUGCCACGGGCACGCAGAUUACUGCGAUUUUCCGUACACAAAUGGAUCACUAUGUGACUGUAUUCACAAUACAGCGGGUGACGACUGUGAAAAGUGUAAACCGCUCUACAACAACCAAACCUGGAGACCGGCUUAUUCAAACAGCGAACCUAAUCCAUGCGAAGAAUGUUUGUGCUACGAUCAUGCAGACAGUUGUCACUAUAACAAAACCCUUGAUCAUGGAAUCUGUGAUGACUGUUACCAUAACACUACUGGGAUGUUCUGUGAACGUUGUCGUGAAAAGUUUUAUCGUAAUAUGAGCAAGCCACUAAAUGAUCCUGAAGUUUGUCUAUCUUGUGACUGCUUCAUGUUUGGAAUCAUUAACAAUGGAACAUGUAAUCAAACUACUGGACAAUGUGAAUGCAAGCAAAAUGUGACAGGUCGGCAAUGUAACCGUUGUGCGGACACGUUCUGGGGUUUUGAACUACCCCCAUUAGGGGAUUGUAGAGAAUGCAGUUGUAAUGGAAAUGGAACGGUUAAUGGAAGCUUAAGUUGUAAUCAGACAUUUGGGCAGUGUCCAUGCAAGAGUAAUGUUCAUCAACUUACUUGCUCAGAGUGCAAAGACGGUUUCUACUCAUUUCCAAAAACCAUUGAAAGUGAUUGUCUUCAGUGUGACUGUGACUAUGGUGGAAGUGUACAGGAGAUCUGUGAAAAAGUGAAUGGAACUUGUCUCUGCCGAAGCCAUAUUGAAGGAGAACGGUGUACUGCGGUUAGAACAGGGUUCUAUGUUGCUUCCUUUGACCACCUGAAAUAUGAAGCUGAAGAUGCUAUGGGAAAUUAUGAAGCUACCUCCAACUUCACUGGGGUGGAACAAGAUUUUACUGGCAGAGGCUAUGCAAAGAUUGGACUCAAUCAGUUUAUUUCUUUCACUGUUAACUUAUCCACAAACUUUAGGGACUUCUACAUAGUUAUUCGCUACACCAGCACUGAGAAGGCCAACAUAUCACUAUUACUCUCUUUUAGUUCUUGCAAUGAAUCAAACUGCUAUGAGGCAAAUAAUUUUUCAAUUUCACAUCUGCCUCAUGGAGUUGGAUUAGCUUGGAGAUCACAAGAGGCUGUUCGUUUCUUGAGAGGCAAAGUGUAUCAUGUGAACUUGACUUAUGUCAGUGGAAUGUACAAUAACACCUCAAUUGAAAUAGACUCCCUGAUUUUACUUCCAAAUGUGAGGGAUGUUAGGAUUUAUGAGAUUGCUACUAGAGAUGGCUCUGUUCAUGGCAUGACACAGCAACAGAUUGAAGAUUGCUGGAACAAAUCCACCACUGUUGCCAUGUCUCAAAGUGGUUUUGACACACCAGUAUGUCAGAAUGUUACCUUCUCUGCAAUGGCUGAAGUAUUUGAUGGAGCUAUAGCUUGCUCAUGCAACAGUACGGGCACUAAGAAUGGUACCACCUGUCACGAGCAAGGAGGUCAGUGUUAUUGCAAGCCAGGAGUGACAGGACAUUCAUGUGAUCGUUGCAAACCAGGAUAUUUUAACUUUACUGAUGGUGGAUGUACAGCUUGUGGAUGCAGUGAUUUGGGCUCAUCCAAUCUGGUCUGUGAUCCUGUGUCUGGUCAGUGUCCAUGUAGGCCUGGUGUUGUGACAAGGACAUGCAGCAGGUGCAAUGCAACUUACUAUGGUUUUGAAUCAGGACAAGGCUGCUUUGAGUGUAAAUGCAAUGCAAGUGGUUCUUCAGAUCUUCAAUGUUACAAGAAUGGUACAUGCCCAUGUAAGAACAGCACCAAUGGUACUAAAUGUGACAUGUGUCGUAAAUCCUUCUUCAAUUUCACAUCAGAGGGAUGCCAACCCUGUAACUGCCAUGAGGGAGGUUCAAGCUCACUGCAGUGCCAUCUUAACACAGGGAUCUGUACAUGCAAAGCCAAUGCUGAAGGGGAAAAGUGUGAAAGAUGCAAAAAUGGAACUUACAAUAGUGACCCUCAGAAUCCAGAUGGAUGCUCUCCGUGUUUCUGUUUUGAUCGAUCCAAUGUUUGUUCCUCUGCUGCUGGCUUUGUUAAAGGCUAUGUUAAAGCUAACUUCUCAUCAAGAGUAGAGAGCAUUGAUAAAGCAAAAACUAUAAAACUCCAAUCGAAAGGAUCUGACAUUGAAAUUGAUUUUCCAUCCAACAGCACUGUGUCAUUUCAAAUCGAGGAUAAUUUUCAGGGAAACCAACUUUCAUCUUACAGUCAGUUAUUCAUGAUGAACAUUAGUUAUACUGAUGCUGAAAGUUCGAAUGCUUCGUGGACCAUCACACUGAGAAACACUCAGAAUGAAGAGGCGCACUUCAGCAUAACACCUCGUCCAUCGUUGGAAAACAAGGAAUAUCAGGCUCGACUCCAUGAACAUUACGCCCUCAACAAUUUAUCGGCCUUUGACUUACAAAGUAUCCUCGUGGAUGUUAAAUAUGUUGAAAUAAAAGGACAUUUUAUGGCCAAUGGCUCUGUUACAAUAUCUGCCGAGAUGGUUACUGCUACCAGAGGCGUUGGAGAAGAAGUAGGAUAUGUUGAAAACUGCACCUGCCCCAACAAUUACACAGAGUUGUCGUGUGGAUAUUGCAAUUCAGGAUUUACACGCCAAACUCCUAACCCGAGUCAGCCGUCAAGAGUGUUCAGCUCGUGUGUGCUGUGUUCAUGCGCUGGUCGUUCAAAGGAGUGUUUCCCUGAGAAUGGCACGUGUUACAACUGUCGCAUGGGAUCUGAGGGCGAACACUGUGAGAGGUGUCAAUCAAACGUGGAUAACACUACUGACUGUAGACGCUGUGUAUCUGGAUACUUUGGAUUGACUCCUUCGUCGGAUGGCUGUCGAGACUGUGCCUGUGUUGAACCCAACACACUGUACGGAAAUAGCACUGUAUGUAAUGAGACAACUGGUCAGUGCCCAUGCAAGCCAAGAAUUGGUGGACGGCAAUGUGACCGGUGCCAUGAGAAUGCUUACAACACGAGCAACGGAUGUGUUGACUGUCCUGAGUGUUACCGUCUGAUUUACGAGGAAGUUAAGAAACUUCGAGUGAGUUUACUCUCCUUGGACGACACAAUUCAACGGCUGCGCAAUGGAAAUAUUGGUGAUGCUUCCUUCGCCCAGCGUCUUGCUGACUCAGAAAAAUAUGUCAGCAGUUUGGUAGAUGAUGCAAAACGUUCUCGUGAAAUUGAGAGUAACGUGACCAAUCAAAUCAAGCAGCUGAACGAGUCUCUUAAUCAUCUAGAACAAGUCUUAAUGUACGAGGUUACUCCUGGUGUGAGCUCUCUAUCAGAUAACCUCACUGCUCCGGAGCGGAAUAAGAACAGAACAGAAGAGCUAAUCCAGCUGAUUCGUGCAGCAGUUCGGGACAGCAGUAAUGUUCUGAACAUGUCUGUUGAUCGCGCUGUCCGUAAGGCCGAGGUUAUCACCAAUGAUCUUAGUAAGCUGGUACCCAAGUUUACCGCGUUGGCAAACAAUUUCACGGAAGCAGCUUCCGGUCAGAAUAAAACAGCCUAUGAGAUUCAACAUAAGGUUAACAACGCUAAUUCUCAGCUAAAGAAAGCUCAGAUUGUGGCCAAUAGCACCAUAAAGGGGCAAAAGGAUCUUGACGUCUCCCUUCAGACUCUGCGAAUGCAUGGUGAUGUCAUGCAAGCCCUGGGUGAAUACGUUAACUCAACAGCAUAUCAGCUGUCUGUGAAUGCUUCGUCAGUUUUGUCAGGAGCUAACAAGACUUUAUCAGAGCUAAUGCUGCUGGAUCCUGACAACAGAGACGUGGUCAUUCAGAUCGAAGAAGCAGCGAUGCAUGCAAGCAGACAAGCACAGGAGCUGAUCUCUUUCGCGCAUAAUUUGACCCAAUUAUAUUCCAAUUUGUCCACGCAAGUCGAGCUAGCUGCUGAAGAAGUGAAACUCUUGACACAUCGCGUGUAUAGAACCGAGUCGGCUGGUAAAGCAAUCUUAGCGGAAGCGCAUCGGGCUAAACAAGAAGCCACUGAUGCUGUACAACUUUCCAGCAAGACCUUAGAAGACGCCGAAGAAAUGUUACAGAUCCUGCAAAAUUUCGAAGAAAAAGCAAAGGAAGCACAGGAUUUUGCUGAACUUUCUCUAAUGCGAGCCAAGGAGGCUAACAUUACGAGCUUGAAUGCCAUUCAGUUCGCUCAGGGUAUCAACGCCUCGCUACAAGCCACACUGGCAGUGGCUACUAAAGGACUAAACUUUGCGCAACAAGCAUGGAAUAUUUCAACUCAUGAGAACCAGGCUGUGACGACAAUUCAUGCCGACGCAAACGAAGUAUCUGAAGCUGCAGCCCAGUCUAAGUACACAACAGGAUACUACAGUGAGGUGGAUCACAAUGUCACCAGUAUUAACUCGUCAUCCCAUCAACAUAUUGAUACAUGUAAAGGUAACUAUUCCAAGUUAGCGUCUGACGCUUUGAGAAGUGCAUAUUUAGCAAAGAAAGCGGCAGACCAAGCUGAUGCUGCAGCCAAGAACUUGAAUGUGGAUCACGUGGUUCGAGAAGCAGCCAGGCUACAACAGGUGAACGUUACAAGACUAGGAGAGCUUAAGAGCGAGAUACAGAGAACAAGGUCGGCAUUUACACAGAAAAACCUCGCAGACAUCAUAAUAGAACUGAAAAAAGCAAAAGAAGAGCAACAGACAUUUGUACUAGAUUAUCAAAGAAAAAUUAACGAAAGGAAGGAAGAAAUAACUGAGUUAAAACAUCUUUACGCGUCACUUUCAUCCGUGACGUGCAAUAAAUCAUAAUGAUUAUAUAAUAAUAUACUGUGUGAUGGAUAAGCUAUAAAUUAGUUGCCGCAGCAGGCGGUGGAAUUCCGUCCUCGAGGACUCGAGGUCAGAAAAUCAGGUCGAUCAGGUCGAUUUUCCGAAGAGGAGAGUCGUAAAUCAUUUUUCCAAUGGCUUGAUUCACCCAUGGAUCUACUGGAAUUGGUUGGGGGGGGGUGGGCUGAGAUGAAAGGAGGAGCAAGUUCUUGCCAAUUAAAUGUAUAAGUAGAACAAUUAGGUUGAUAUGAUGAAGAGUAUAGCGUUGAUGUUUUUCUAAUAGCUUAUAAAUUUACUGUGAAGUCUUCGCCGUUCCUGUCUAUUGACAGGCUAUUCGCUUUGUUCUUCGUCCAAUUAAACGCACACGUUAAAUUAGUAAAAGUUAAAAUGAGAUACAGACGUUUACGUACUAAUGCGAAUUUCGGAUGAGUUUCUAAAGGAUUGUUUGCUUUGUGCAAGGAGCAUAUUUUUGUAAAACCGGUUUUCCUUUUUAUGAUGAAAGAUGAUGAUAUCUUUAUUUUUUAAUCACAAGUAGAUUUCUUUAAGAAUUGAAUCUAAGUGAUUCUUUAUAAACUGUUUUUAUGCGUUUUUAUGAAAGUAUUUAUUGAGCAUAUUAAUCGGUGUUGUUGAUCAAAAUUUUUGUCACUGCUAAUAAAAUUUUAUAUGAUUUAAGUUAAGUUCAAAUUCCUUUAUUUUCAAUCACUAUUAAAAGUUAAUUGAAAUAUGGUUGUCGUUCAAAUCAUGAUUUUUAAGGCUAAUCAGAAGUGUAUCUGUAUAUAGCUGUAUAUACUCCUCAUUCCCUACAUCUAACACCGCCAGCUCAGUUGCGAGAGUUGUACAUAAUGACGCUAACAAAGGGCUUGAACCUCAAAAUAAAAGAUGUAUUAUUUUA